CUCCGUUGAAGCUUCCCUCUUAAGAAUAUGUGCCUACUGACAUGCAACUGCUCAACGUCCAACUCCAUCCCGCCAUGAUAGCAUUCUUGUAGGGAAGACACACUCGCUACGUAUACUGACGGCCUCACACCUUCGACCUACGCUUUUAAUCCAGCUAGCCUUAAUUUUAACCCCUCCCCUCUGCGGGAACCGUUACUCCAAGAUGCAUCCCGCUCGGCGAGCAUACGUCGAGGAUGCCCCAGAGGAUACGAAGAUGGGGAUUGACCUAAAUAAUAUCCCUGUGGAUCGAGACUAUGAUAUGCCCGCUACCGCUGCGGGCAUUCCCCCCGAGAGAGCGUCUGCUAUCCUUUCGCAAUUUUCCCGCCGCAGGAGAGCUGCUGCAAUUGCAGUUCCCACCGAAGAUAGCCGAGUUCGUGCCAGAUUACGCGAACUUGGACAUCCCAUCACCCUCUUCGGCGAAGAUGCAGCAGAUAGACGAGACCGCUUACGUGAGCUAUUAACGGAUCUUGAGGAGCAGAAGGAGGCUGCCGGAGCUACUGCUGGCGAAGAAGGGGAGGAUGUAUCUAUGAAAGAGGGAGGGGAGGACGAAGAGGAAGAGGAGGAAGGCGAGGAGGAAUUUUAUACUGAGGGCGUGCCAGAAUUACUCCAGGCGCGGCAGAACAUUGCUAGAUAUUCGCUACCACGGGCAAAAGCUAGAGUUGAGCGGCAAAAGGAAGAAUCCACUAUCCCACUACGGACACAUAUCAAGCAUCGCAAAGCGAUUAAAGAGAAGUUACAGAGCUUCGAUCUUUACGGGUCUCAAAUCGCGGGCGAGCGUCCAGUCAGCAUUACUCGUUUUGCGCCAAACGGCCAAAUCCUAGCUGCAGGAAACUGGGGAGGAGGAAUCAAACUUCUCAAUGUGCCAAAUUUGGAAGAAAGGACCACAUUGCGGGGCCAUACAGAUCGAGUUGGAGGAAUUUCAUGGUUUCCAGGCGCCACGAGAGCAGAAUCUAAUGUAUCGGAGUCCUCUGUUAACAUGGCAUCUGGAGGAGGCGAAGGGAACGUCAAUCUUUGGUCUCUCACUCAAGAUACCCCAUUAACGACAUUAUCAGGUCACUCAGGACGCGUCUGUCGUGUAGAAUUUCAUCCUUCGGGAGACUACCUUGCGUCUGCUUCCUACGAUACAACUUGGCGACUUUGGGACGUUGCAACCAGUACAGAACUUCUCCUGCAAGAAGGGCACUCUCGAGAAGUUUACUCGUUAGCAUUUAAUCCCGAUGGCUCCCUGCUUGCCAGCGGUGGUCUGGAUAGUUAUGGACGUAUCUGGGACUUACGUACCGGUCGAACAGUGAUGAUUCUGGAAGGGCAUAUCCGAGAAAUAUUCGGUCUAGAUUGGGGUGCGGACGGAUAUCGUAUGCUCUCUGGCUCAGGUGACGGUUGGGUCAAAUGCUGGGACAUCAGACAGGUGCGUUGCACGGGCGGGGUAGGGGCCCAUCGCGGCGUCGUCUCGGACCUCAGGUGGUAUAAAGGAACUGAAUCAGCAGCUUCACAUCUCCCAUCCGUUCCACUACAAGACAAGAAUGCCGUUGCAAUCGACAGUCCGGCUACCCCUUCCACGCCAGUAGAUGGCCAAUCACCACCGCCGCCACCCUCGCAGCCAGUACAGCCAAAGAAAUCUGGCACGUUCUUCGUAUCCAGUGGCUUUGAUAAGAACGUCAACGUGUUCAGCGCGGAUGACUGGUCACUCGUCAAGUCCCUGAGCGGGCAUUCUGGAAAUGUUCUUAGCGUCGAUAUCAGCGAUGAUGUGAAAUGGAUUGCAAGCUGCGGCCACGAUCGCACGGUGAAACUCUGGGGCAUUGAUGGAUGAUUACCAGUUUACGAUGAUCUCAGAAAUGAACUGACCUUAAGUCAAGUCAUCCUUGAAUCCUACUCAUACAAUCCCGUACCAGUGAGUUGGGGGGGAUAAUACUCCGCAUCCUGCACGACAGCCAUUUCAACCCGCGCAACUACAAGGGACCCAGUCAUCCGGUCCUUAAUCGUCGAUGGAUCUGUUCAAUGUUUGGUCAUUGUUUACUAUUAUUGGACGCAUAAUGCAGGCGGUUCGUCGACACAUGUGACCGUCACGCGUACCUACCAGAGAGGUAUCAAAGGUCACGGACGGGGUGGUUGCGCACGGGAAAAGCAAAGCGAAGACGAUAGGCGGCGACUCUGAACCCUUUGACCCAUCUCAACAAUUACACAGUCCAUAGCUCUGUAUACUUGAGAUUUCUAGGCUAGGAAAACAUCACCUGGGAUAUACUACGGUCGAAAUCGAUGAGUGCUGAAACAAACGAGGAAAAACGAGCCCCCUAUAGUUAUAGUUUAUGAUUGCGUAGAAACUGCACAUAAUGAGCUAGCUAGUUCAUGACAAUAUGAAAUUAUUUGGAAAGUACCCUGGUUUCUUGCGUUCGUAUGUACAGCAUAUGUACAAAAAUUGGCCUUGAAACAAAGCCAUUUAGUGCAAUUUUUGGGUUGAGUAACUCGUGUCCACAAAGGCAACGCGAUACGGAGUAUACAGCGUAGUGAGGGUAUCCAGAUAAAAAAAAGAUCAUAACAUGUAAAAUCAAACAAUAGCAGUCAAACCAUACGCCUAGCCAAAUGCAAUCAUUAAGCUUAACAUCGUUCGUCAUCGUUAGUUGGAAUUGGAAUAUGUGCAAGAAAAUAAACCAAAAGCAAAAAUGUCGACUUCAAAA